CACUGAUCAGAUCAUAUGGAGACGAAGAAGCCAUGUUUGAAUGUUGUAAUGGUCCCAUGGCUAGCCCAUGGCCAUAUCUCUCCUUACUUAGAACUUGCCAAAAGGCUUUCCAACAAAAACCUCCAAAUCUAUCUAUGUUCAACUCCUAUCAAUCUGAGUUCUAUCAAGAAAAGGGUCACCCACAAAUACUCUCAAUCUAUCAAACUCAUCGAACUCCAUAUCCCAUCUCAACCAGACCUUCCCGAUCCCAGUUUCCACACAACAAAUGGCCUCCCACUUCACCUUAACUCAGUUCUCAAAAGAGCCAUGGACAAGGCCAGCCCAUCUUUCACCGAAAUCAUUAAAACCCUCAAACCGGACAUACUCAUUUACGACUUCAACCAACAAUGGGCCUCAACCGUCGCAGCAUCAAUCGGGAUACCAGCAGUUCAAUUCAUCAGCACUAGUGCUUCCGUCCUCUGUUACUUCCUCCAUGAAUUUAUGAAACAGGAUGAUGACUUCCCUUAUCCCGUCUUGAAUCUUAGGGGAACUCACUGGAACCGAAAAAUUCAAGAAAUGUUGAAACGAAGAGCAGAUGAGCAAAGCCAAUCUGAAAGUGGAAGCACCGGGCUCACGAGUAUAACCGGCGACAUCCUAUUCAUGAAGACUUUUGGAGAAAUGGAAGGGAAAUACAUUGAGUACGGAUCAAAACUAAUUGGAAAAAAGAUAGUCCCCACGGGUCCUCUGGCUCAAGAACACGAAGACUCGGAAGAUAAUAGCGAGAUCAUGGAGUGGCUUAACAAGAAAGAGGCAUCUUCAACGGUUUUUGUAUCAUUUGGAACAGAGUCCUUUUUGUCUAGAGAAGAAACAGAGGAAGUGGCAAAAGGGUUGGAGCUAAGUAUGGUGAAUUUCAUUUGGGUGCUUAGAUUUUCCUUUGAGGAGGAGGAAAAGAUUUCAAUUGAAGAAGCCCUGCCCAAUGGCUUUCUUGAGAGGGUAGGAGAUAGAGGACUUGUUGUUGAGAAAUGGGCUCCACAAGCUAGAAUAUUGGGGCACCCAAAUGUUGGAGGAUUUGUAAGUCAUUGUGGGUGGGGUUCUACAAUUGAGGCUAUGUCAUUUGGGGUGCCAAUUGUGUCUAUACCUAUGAACUUUGACCAACCAUUGAAUGCAAGGCUGGUUGAGGAGAUUGGUGUGGGAUUGGAUGUAGGGAGAGAUGAGAAUGGAAGGUUUAGUGGAGAAGAGAUUGCAGAUUUGAUAAGUGAAUUGAUUGUAGGUGAAAAAGGGAAGAAAAUAAGGGAUAAAGCAAGAGAAAUGAGAGAAAAAAUUAAAAGUAAAGGGGAUGAAGACAUUGAUGGUGUUAUGGAAGAAUUGUACAAGCUUCACAAUAACAAAAUUGAUGGAGAGAGCAAGGAUUAAUUCUCAUUAUCGACGACAAAUGAAACCGUGGCUAAAGAUUGUAAGAUUAACAUUAGUAAAUAAAACUGUCGUUAAAGUGUUCUAAGUACCGUCAAUAAAC